AUGAAGAGACCUUCAUCUUCAUCUUCUUCGUUAACCCCCUGCAACUCUGCAACUUCAACCAAGUUCUUGAUCUUGACCCUGCUUCUCUGCCUCCACCCCGUAAUGUCCACGUCGGCGGUGACUUCGGCGAUGAUCUCCCGCUCUUCCAGUUCAUUUGGAAAAUCUUGGAGGAGCCACGACAGCCACCACCACCACCACCACCACCUCCUCCAUCAUUCUUGCGAUCCCUCGUCCGGCGAAAAUCCGCCGCAUUACACUUCUUCUCUGUGCUUCCAUCUCGAACAAAUCCGCCGCCGCCGCCAGCCCCCGCCGCCGCCCCCUCCGGACGAGAUCGACCCCAGAUAUGGCGUCAACAAGAGGCUCGUCCCCUCCGGGCCUAACCCCCUUCACAACUGA